GGUGACUCCCAACAAGACACAGCUAUAUAGGAAGAUAUUUCGUCAACAAGCGCCAUGUUGUUAAUAAGUUUUCUUAUUUUGCUACUGUCUGUUACAGUGAACGGUAUGCCUUGUACAGUCGACUGUACUAAUAUGGGAAAACUGGGACAAGGAGCAGGUACUUUCCCCGAUUGCGAUGAUUGCAGUAAAUAUCAUUUCUGUAAUGGCACAAUGAUCGUCACCAAACAAUGUGAAACAAAUUUGUUGUACGAUAUGAAUUCUGGAGCCUGUAAUUUUGCUAGCAACGCAGUCUGUGGAACUGGUUACGUGACAGUGGAAAGUGUAUGUACUACUAAUUGUACUGAUGUUAUGGUCGAUGGUAUUUAUCCAUAUUGUGACAGUUGUACUAAAUUUGUUACUUGUAACAUAGGAAAUGUUGAUGUUCAAGAAUGUGCUGAGAAUCUUGUUUUUGACACGAACACAACGGCAUGUAGUGUUCCAACAAAUGCUACUUGUGCGAUACAAACACCAGAAGAAACAUCUCCAGUUACGUCGCCAGUAACGUCACCAGCUCUAGCCGAAUGUACCAUAGAUUGCAGUAAUGUUGGUUCCGGUGUGUUUCCCUAUUGUGGAGACUGUACAAAGAAGGUCAUGUGUUUUAAUGGUGAAGUUAUGGUUGUGCCAUGUCAGCAGGGACUGUACUUCGAUAUUGUAUCUAAAACAUGCUCUUUUCCUGCUGACGCUACAUGUGGAAUGACCUCACCUUCAACUGUUGAAGACCCCGAUGAACCACAGCCAAAUGAAGAAUGUAUUAGUGAUUGUACACAAAUGGAGAAUGGUGAUUAUCAGUCGUGUUAUGGCUGUCAUAUGUAUUGUACCUGUUCCAACGGGAUGAUGUAUGAUAAACGCCCAUGUCCAGCGAAUACUGUCUGGGAUGAUAUACAGAAGAUGUGUAUGCACAUCUCCUUCACAUGUAUGACAGCAUAGAGUCAUUGAUUGAAGAAUUCAGAAUAUACUCCCAAAGAUUUUGGGAAAAAAAUUCAAAACAAUACGUCACCGAGUUAAUAAAGCGGUACUCUUAUCUUCUGGGAGAAAAUGAAAUUAAUUAUAAAUGAUUAUUUUAUUAUUUUUUUGACUCUAUUUAACCACCAAUACACAAUAAAGUACCAUCUACCUAGCUAUUGAAAUAUGGUUUUAUUCUCAGUAAUACAAUUAACACGUUUAUAUUAUUCCACCCUUCCCUUAUAUAUACACUCUUAAAUUCCCAUUUUCAUAAUCUGUUAAAUAACCAAUUUUAACCAUCUAUAUUCGCCCCUUUUCUGAAUUUCUAUAUUUUG